CCCCGGGGAGACGGCGUCGCCCGGCCCACGCAGACAGGGUGCAGCCAUGCCUGAGCCUAAGCAAGCUGCUGCCGAAAAGAAAGAGAAGAAGAAAGAGGAGAAGAAGAAAGAGGAGAAGAAAGAGGCCCCAGAACCCCCCAAAGAAGCCCCAGUGGAGCAGCACCCAGAGGGCGCUAAGCCCCAGGACAAGCCGGAGGAGCCCCCCAGCCUGUUCCUGCAGAAGCCAGGCCAUGUGCUUGUGGAGUGCGGGAAGGAGGUGGCGGUCCAGGUGCACGUGGACGGCUCCCAGCUCUCGGCCCGGCCGGGCGUGAAGUGGUUCAAGGGGAAGUGGCUGGAGCUGGGCAUCAAGAGCGGCCUCCGCUUCCAGUUCAAGGAGACCUUCGACAAGGAGAAGAAGGUGUACGUCUUCGAGCUGCACAUCGGGAAGGUGGUGAUCGGGGACCGGGGCGACUAUCGCUGCGAGGUGACCGGCAAGGAGAAGAGCGACAUCUGCACCUUCAACAUCGACGUGGAGGCCCCACGGACGGAGGAGAGUGACAAUGUGCUCCAGGCCUUCAAACGGACGGGGGAGGGGAAGGACAACGUGGCCGGGGAGCUGGACUUCAGUGGCCUGCUAAAGAAGAGGGAGGUGCAGGUGGAGGAGAAGAAGAAGAAGAAGAAGGACGACGAGGAAGACGCCUUCCCCCCCGAGAUCUGGGAGCUGCUCAAGGGGGUGACGAAGAAGAGCGAAUACGAGCGAAUCGCCUUCCAGUACGGGAUCACGGACCUGCGCGGGAUGCUGAAGCGCCUCAAGAAGGCCAAGGUGGAGGUCAAGAAGAGCGCAGCCUUCACGAAGAAGCUGGACCCGGCCUACCAGGUGGACAAGGGCAACAAGGUCAAGAUGGUGGUGGAGAUCAGCGACCCCGACCUGCCCAUCAAGUGGUACAAGAACGGGCAGGAGCUGAAACCCAGCGCCAAGUACCUCUUUGAGAACGUGGGCAAGAAGCGGAUCCUGACCAUUAACAAGUGCACCCUGGCCGACGACGCGGCCUACGAGUGCGCCGUGGCCGACGAGAAACUCUUCACCGAGCUCUGCGUGAAGGAGCCGCCCGUGGUGAUCACCAAGGGCCUGGACGACCAUCAGAUGUUCGUGGGCGACCGGGUGGAGCUGCAGGUCGAGGUGUCGGAGGAAGGAGCCCAGAUGAAGGACGGGGUGGAGCUGACCCGCGACACGGCCUUCAAGUACCGCUUCAAGAAGGACGGCAAAAAGCAUUAUCUGAUCAUCAACGAGGCCACCAAGGAGGACACCGGCCUCUACAAGGUCAUGACCAACGGAGGCCAGUCCGAGGGCGAGCUGGUGGUCGAAGACAAGCAGCUGGAGGUGCUCCAGGGCAUCGCCGAUCUCACCGUCAAGGCGGCCGAGCAGGCCGAGUUCAAGUGCGAGGUGUCGGACGAGAAGGUGACGGGCAAAUGGUACAAGAACGGGGUGGAGGUUCGGCCCAGCAAGCGCAUCCACAUCACCCACAAGGGCAGGUUCCACAAGCUGGAGAUUGACGACGUGAGGCCGGAGGACGAGGGCGAUUACACCUUCGUCCCUGACGGGUUCGCCCUCUCCCUCUCCGCCAAGCUCAACUUCCUGGAGAUCAAGGUGGAGUAUGUCCCUAAGCAAGAGCCCCCCAAAAUCCACCUGGACUGCUCGGGGAAGGCGGCGGAGAACACCAUCAUCGUGGUGGCGGGGAACAAGGUGCGACUGGACGUGCCCAUCACCGGGGAGCCGGCGCCCACCGUGUCCUGGAUGAAGGGCGACAAGCUGUUCACGGACACCGAGGGCCGCGCCCGCAUCGAGGUGCAUCCGGACGAGAGCAGCUUCGUGAUCGACAGCGCGGAGCGGAGCGACGAGGACACGUACUGCAUCACCGUCACCAACCCCGUGGGGCAGGACAGCGCCGUCCUGCACAUCAAGGUGGUCGAUGUUCCCGACCCCCCCGAAGCCGUUCGCAUCACCUCCGUGGGGGAGGACUGGGCCAUCCUGGUCUGGGACCCCCCCAAAUACGAUGGGGGGAAUCCCAUCACUGGGUACCUGAUGGAGCGGAAGAAGAAAGGCAGCAUGCGCUGGAUGAAGCUGAAUUUCGAGGUCUUCGGGGACACCACGUUCGAGUCCACGCGGAUGAUCGAGGGGGUGCUCUACGAGAUGCGGGUCUUCGCCGUCAACGCCAUCGGGGUGUCGCAGCCCAGCCAUAACACCAAGCCCUUCAUGCCCAUCGGUGGGGGCGGAUCCUCGACCCACCUCACGCUGGAGGACGUGACCGACACCACAGCCACCAUCAAGUGGCGCCCGCCCGACCGGCUGGGGGCCGGGGGCAUCGACGGCUACUUGAUCCAGUACUGCCUGGAGGGCUCGGACGAGUGGGUCCCGGCCAACACGGAGCUGGUCGAGCGCUGCGGCUUCACCGUCAAGGGGCUCCCCACGGGCCAGAGGCUCCUCUUCCGGGUCAUCGGGGUGAACAUCGCGGGGCAGAGCGUCCCGGCCACCAUGGGGCAGCCCGUCACCAUCCGCGAGAUCGUGGAGCAGCCCAAGAUCCGCCUGCCCCGCCAGCUGCGCCAGACCUUCGUCAAGAAAGUGGGGGAGCAAGUGAACCUGGUCAUCCCCUUCCAGGGAAAGCCGCGCCCCAAGUUGACAUGGACGAAGGACGGGCACCCGCUGGACCCCAAGGAGAUCAGCGUCCGCACCUCGGACCUGGACACCAUCCUCUUCAUCCGCUCGGCCGCGCGGCACCACUCGGGCCAGUACCAGCUCUCGGUGCAGAUCGAGAACAUGGAGGACCAGGCCACCAUCCAGAUCCGCGUCGUGGAGAAGCCGGGCCCCCCGGUGUCGGUGCAGGUGAAGGAGGUUUGGGGGUUCAACGUGCUGCUGGAGUGGCAGCCCCCCAAGGACGACGGGAACUCGGAGAUCACGGGCUACGCCAUCCAGAAGGCAGACAAGAAAACCAUGGAGUGGUUCACGGUGUACGAGCACAACCGGCUGACGCGCUGCACCAUCUCCGACCUGGUGAUGGGUAACGAAUACUCCUUCCGCGUGUACAGCCAGAACAUCUGCGGGCUGAGCGAGGUGCCCGGCGUCUCCAAGAACACCGCCCUCAUCCAGAAAACAGGGAUCAUCUUUAAGCCGCUGGACUACCAGGAGCACGACUUCCGGAUGGCGCCCAGAGUCCUGACGCCCCUGAUAGAUCGGACCGUGGUGGCUGGGUACAGCACGGCCCUGAACUGUGCAGUGCGGGGGCACCCCAAGCCCAAGGUGAUCUGGAUGAAGAACCACGUGGAGAUCCGGGAGGACCCCAAGUUCCUGAUGAAGAACAGCCAGGGGGUGCUGACCCUGCACAUCCGCAAACCCAGCCCCUUCGACGCCGGCACCUACAGCUGCCUGGUCACCAACGAGCUGGGCGAGGCGCUGACCGAGUGCAAGCUGGACGUCAGAGUGCCCCAGUAACCCUACAGCUCGGGCCUGGUCUCCGGCAGAUGAGGACCCACUCGAAUGAGCCGGCCCCGGGCCCCCCCCAGACAGCAGUGACUCGGCAGAGGGCACUGGGCAUGGGGGGGGGGACCCUGGGCGUCGCCAGGCCGCGCCCCACCCAUCGCUUCCCUGCACCCCCAUCCACACAGAUGUUGGGGGGCUCAGCCGUGCCCCGACACCCCCCCCCCCCGCAGCUUGGAAACCACAGGGCAGCGAGUGUGUCAAUAAACAGAU